GAUAAAUGAUUUAAGAUUCUUUAUUUGCUGAAUCCUUUUGGAAUCCAUUUAAAGAUAAAUGGUAAAUGAAUUUGGAUGAUGAAGAAGUAAAUAUUUUUCAUAAAUUUGAAGGAAUAAACAUUUGAUUUGUACUCUGAAAGGGGACUGGAGAGAUUUAGAGUGAUCUAAGAUCAAUUAUUUGCCAAUAGUUAAUAUAUAAAUUUAGUGGAAACAUAUAUUAAUUUAGAUGAGAGAGGAGUAACUCUAUAAAAUAAAUUUGGUUAAAUAAAUAUCAACGGGCCUAAUUUACAGUAGUUUUACUAGUUAAUAAAUUAAAAAUGUAUUCAUUUGGAUAUAGAAAUGUAUUAUGAAAUUGAAAAAGUGUUGUUCUAAUUGGAGAAAUUUUAAGUAAUAUUUGUUGUAAUUUAAUAGAUAUUGUAAUGUCGAGAUAAAAUGAGUGGAAUGCCAAAAUCAAUAAAGAAGUAUUUAAAAUCAGAAGGAAAAGAUUAUUUAAAAUAGAUAAUAAGAAACUAAAAAUAUGAGUAUUUAUAUGAGGAUGAACAAAAUCUUUAUAUUGUCAUUUCAUAUUUAAACGGAAAGUAAAUUCAUGAGUUGACUUUCGAGUAAUAGUAUUUUGGUUUAUUAAAAUUGUUCUACAAAUACCAUAAUGAAGGCUGGAUUUUAAAUCACUUUUUAGUAAAAUUCGUUUUAAUUUUUUAAUAGGUUUCUAACAUAAUUUUGUUGGAUGACAAUUGCAAUAUGGAAAUUCUAGAUAAUUACAGGAUAAAAAAGAUGACACACGAAUAUUCUAAAGAAAUAUUUUAAGAUGUUCAAUUAAUAAAGACUUACUUAAUUACAAAGUAUAUUAUAUUAAAAGUUCUAGAUUUCCUGAAAAAGAAGAUAUUGUACUAGAAAUGAUGAAUAAUAAUGUUUAAUCUGUUUAAGAGCUUCUGUUUAAUUAAAUUUUCAUCAAUUACUUUGGAGAAAGUGAAUUCUAUAGAUUACUUAACUCAUAGCAAUAUUAAAGAUAAAAUUACUUAUCAUAAAACUCUAAAUAAAAUUUAUUAGAAACUUUCAAUACAAUUAGAUCAAGCAUUAUGGAUUCAUCUGAUGAAUAGGAUGAUGAUCCAAUAAAUCAAAGAUUUAAUUUUGGUACCUAAUAAUUUGAUGAUUCUCCAAUAUUAUCUCCUAGUUUAAAACCAAAACAUUAAUCAAGAUUAUCAAGCAGACAAGUAGUAUUAGAAACACUUCUGUAAGAAAACAUUAUCACAUAAUAACAAUUUUAAUAAUUCUAUAAGGAAGAAGAUUUUUAAAAUGAAUAGGAAAUCAAUGAAUUUAGUGAGAUGUUAACAAAAGAGAUUGAAAAUUCAUCUUUAACUACUCCUAUUCAAAGUGAUGUAAUCCAAUAAAUAAUUAUUAUAGUCUAACACAACUUGUCCAAAUACAGUUAUUAUUCACAGUAAAAAAAAUGCAGCAAAUCGCAUUUGCGAUAUUCUACAUGAAGCUUAGUAAGAGCUAAUUUAAGCAGCCAAAAAACCAUACAACGUGAAUAAAGUGUAGAAUGUUAGGAAAAAUUUGUUUAAUUUACAUUGAAUAUCUGAAUUACCC